AUGCAUUUUAAAGAAUAAUCCGUGUGUAGAUGUAACUUUCUUAUUAUACUGACAAUCAUUGUUAGUUACUUUGUGAUUAUACAAUAAAAAGAUACAAUAAUCGUGAACAUUAUUUCAUUAUUUAUGUCGAUAUACCUGAACCAUGCAGGACAAGAUCCUAACCCCCCCGUCGUUUCCGGUGGGACCCGGAAGUCGCCUGGGCUUGUUUACAUUCUCAGAGGAAGAAGAGAAACGUCACCAGCUUCCGCUCAAAAACAACAAUGGCUGACACGUUGGGUUUGUGUGUUUAUUGACCGUUUCCUCCGCGUUUCCUCCGCGUUUCCUCGGACCCAUGGCUCCUUCCCUCCGCCGCCGCUGCUGCUGCUGCCUCUGGGUGACGCUGCCGCUGCUCGGGCAGCUGCUGGCGGCGGAGCUGCUCGCCCAGGUGGAGGUUUUCCUGGAGCAGCGGCCCGGGGUCAGCGCGGUGCUCCAGGGGGAGGUGGUGGAGCCGAGCGGCCGCAGCAGGAGCCCCGAGCCCCGGGAGGAGCUGGACGCGGAGCUGCUCCUGGUUCAAGAUGAGGAGACGCAGCUGGGAAGCGGAGGGGAAGACGCCAGCGAGCAGGAGCCGUGGAUCGGGGUGGUGCCCGUGGAGAUGGACGACAGCAAAGCCUCCACUGGGAACCAGGAGUCCUUCGCUGAUGGAAUGGUGAAUAAAAUGAAGCGAGCGUUGGUCCUCGGAGCUUCAGCGCUGAUCAUUCUGGCUCUCAACCAGAACACCGUCAGUGAGAUGGAUCUUUCUCAGGUUCUGUCGAAGCCCAUCAUCGUGAUCCAGACGUCUGAAAACGUCACUAAGCUGAUCGGAGCUCUGCUCAGGGGCCUUCAGGCGACGGCGAAAAUCACGUACAAGACGAUCCUGCAGGACAACCUGGGCGCCACGCUCACGCUGUGGUCCAGCUGCGGUCGAUCGAGAGGCGGGCGCUACGGAGAGUGGCAGGGGGUCAUCUGCACGGGAGAGUCCAACUCUCAGGUCCAGAAAUACCUGCAGCAGCUGUGGGACACUGUCCUCCUGGUGGCGCUGAUCCUCAGCACCGGAGUCAUCGUUCAUGCCCGGUGGCAAUACCAGGACCCCCAGCUCAACGACGACCUGGAGCUGUUUCCCAAACAGGACGUUCUGAAGAGGAUGUCGUCUCUGAAGACCAAAACAUACCGUCAGCCCAAACCCUGGUGUGACCCGUCGCAGCCGGUGGAGACGGACAACUGCGCCGUCUGUCUGGAGCCGUUCAACAACAACCAGUGUCUGCGUGUGUUGCCGUGUUCUCACGAGUACCACAGAGAGUGUGUGGACCCCUGGCUGCUGCUGCAACACACGUGUCCUCUGUGCAAACGCAGCAUCCUCAGCAGCGUCUGCAAAGACAGUUAACGGUCGCCUCACCUCCACCAGCAUCGCCACAGCAGCAGCAGCAGGGAAUCGACCCCACGUCCUCGGUGACUCACCUGUAGCCGUUUUUGUUUUUACUGACCUCGCCGCUUCCUCCUUCCAGCAAUGAAUUGCGGGAGCAAAUCCUUACGGCAGCUGCCUGGCUGAUGGGACUGUGGAGCAGUGGGUCACAGGCAAACAGUGGAAGUAUAAACACAAUACUAUGAAGUACUGUAGAACAGGGCUGGGCUAUUAACUGGAAAUGUUAUUUAUAACCUCUAACCGACUGGGUGGGGGGGGGCAUGAAGUAAACGUUCAUUAAUCACAAUGGAGGGAGGGAUAUUGAUUUGAAGUCACACAGCCCGGCCCGACUGUAGAAGUACUGUUGUGUACGAACAGUUCGUCUCCCUGGGAUCAUGUUACUGUACAACUGUGGAAAUAUUAGUUUGAAACAAACACACGACAUUUUCCUCUUUCCUCUGUUGAUGAGCUCGGCGAGUUUUCACGAGUCAGUUUGUGCCUGAACGGCAGUAACCAACUUAAUCAUCUGGACUAACGGAUUUUAAGAGUAAGUGACGCCCUCUAGUGUCCGAACAUAUUUCAGUUAGAUACGAGUGGGAGCGGUUCUGUAGUUGUCGUGCAGAAUUAACGGUCGAUAGCAGACGUGAGAAAGUGUUUGCACUCGUCCCUGAUUUGCCUUAUUGCACAAACACACCUCCUGACCUGUUAGAAACUUGAUGUUUGUUCCAGCAGCUCGUUCAGCUGCGUCAGUGGUGGAGACGUAGAACACGUAGUUUGAGCCUGAGGCCGCGACUCCGACGCUUCGUCAACCUCUUUGUAUUAUUUCUAUGUUCAGAGGGUUUGUUUGACUCGUCAUGUGACUCGUCAUGUGACUCGUCAGCAAAGCUAAUCUGAUCAAUUACAAACAUCAUUUUGACCAGAGCCCGACAAAUAUGAACCUUUUACAGACACAUCAGUGUUGGUUUGCUGAUAUGAAAACUUGUUUAGUUCCCUAAUUCAAGUUCUAUAUAUUUGGUAGAAUUUUAGUUUUCUUUAUAGUUAUUUAUGUUUGUCUAUUAAGCCUCAAUUACAGUGUUAGAUAACAUCUUAGAAAUCAUUGCCAAUUAUUUUAAAUAUAUAUAUCAGUAUGAGAUUUUUUUUUUAAUCCUUAAUAUCGGCAUCAGCCCCGAAAAUAUUGAUAUUUGUUGGGCUCUAAUUUGAACUUUAAACACAACAUCUGAGUAUUAGCGACGAGUUGAAGGAAAUAUUAUGAGAUUUCGAGAAUCAAGUCGACAUUGAGAAGAAACUAUCGCGAGAAUAAAGUCGUAAUUUUACAAGAAUAAAAGGAAAAAUCUUCACAAUCUUUUCAAAGUCCUGAUUCUUAUGAUCAUGUGGAGCCGACGAGACAAAACUUCAAGUAUUUUGUUCUUUGUGAAACCUUUAAAGUAGAAGAUGCUCCACAUUUUAACACAGGAGACUGAUUUUCUUGAAAUCUCAUAACUUUUUUUUUUAACCCUAAUACUCCGUGGUACUGUUGUGUAAAGAAAAGCCUGAAGUCAGAUUUUAUUUUCCAUUUACAAAUGAAACAAACAGCAAAUGCUGAACUAUUGGAGGAUUUAUGGAAACUAUUUAUUCACAAUUUUGCAGCUCAACAAAAUAGUUUACUUGCCAAAGGUGGUUGAAGGAUGAAGAUAAAUCACUGAUGAUCAUUUCAGGCCAAACUGCAACAACCCCCUCAUGUUCUGCUAAAAGCAACAACUCAAAAAAGUGUUUUUGCUUCUCACGAAAGACGAGUCAAAGUCCGAAGUCUGUUGAAAACAUAGUAUUAUCGUAUUUUGUUAUUUUUGCGACGUCAACUCCAAAAAGCAAAUAACGUGUGCUUUCUUUGUUAGAAAAUGCAAAAUGAUAGAUCCGUUCUCGUGGUAGAAAAUAGUCUGAGCAUGGCAGCGAGUGUGAGACACGAGGCGCCACCGGGCAGCGCGUGCUUCCAAACACAAACACAGCAGCAUCGUAAGCAGGCGCUCGUAGAGACGCGUCGUUGGGUGAAGGCUGCACAACAGGGACAGGCGUCGAUGUCCAGACUUUAAACACCAGGUCAGUGAUUGUUCUUCCAGCUACAGACACAACUGCAGUCUCUGUAAAACCCCGAAUGUCUCGUCCUUUGUUAUUUUCCUAUGUUGUCUUCUCGAUGAUGAUGAUGAUGUCAAAGAAACUUCUCUCAAAUCACUAUGGAUCUUAAUAAUAAACUGAUUUGUUACUUGGCAAAAAUAAAGCUCUCGUUCUUUGUC